AUGCUGUCGAAGGAACAGCAGAUGGUCAUUGGCAAGGUCAUCCCUUGGCUGAUCGAUUUUUUCGGAGGCUCCGGCGAUCCUGAACAAACUGAUGCAGUGGAGAUCUGCACUGGGCUCAGUGAUUUCCUGAUCGCAAACUUCGGCACAGACACACAAAGCUUGAAGAACAUGUUCCUGGCUGUGCAGAAAAGGCUGCAUGGCAUGGAUGUCGGGUGGGUCUUCAGAGUGACAGGCGCCGAUGAUCGAGUACCACUGGUCGAACAGGAUGUGACGCAGCAGCUCGUGCUCAUGCCAUGGCAUUUAAGUUUUCGGCCAGAACAUUCUCAGAAGGGCAAGAGCAAAAUGCUCAACAUCAUCCGGUGCGCUGCUGACUUUCUAGAAAAACCCUAUGAUAGCUUGACAAAUCCGAUUCAACUCUGGCUUCCUCCAGGGCUGCCUGCUGCCGGAGAACCUCUGCCGGACUUCGCCCUCGGCCAUUCGAUCGGCUUCACAAAGAGCUUAGCGAUCAAGGCGAUCCUCUUUGCAGUCCACAAGAUGAAGGACCUAUCAGACGAGGAUGUGAAGCACAUUCUGCCACAGCUGCAGGCCUUGUACAACUUUCGCUGCACAUGCCACACGACAGGCAGCAGCAAGUUUGACAGGUUCCGGUCCCUGCAGGACAAGUUCGCAGAAGCAGCUCGACCAAGGCCAGAUCCCAUUCAGGUUUCGACAUUGCUCAUGGCACAAGCGAAAGAGGAAGGUCUUGCAUGGACUGAAUGUGCAAGUUUCAUGAUCGACGAGUUCAAUGGUGGCUCGACCAACGACGCCAAGAAGCUUUCAGAGCUGGAGACCAGCAUAGUCGUCAUCUAUCCCAGCCUCGACUUGGACACCCAGCAGCUCAUCGACUACCACUGGCAGGUUGUGCUGUCGUUUCAGAAAUCGAUCAUCAAUCAUGUGAACCACUGCCGGCUGUGCUGUUUGUUUUGCUUCUUGGCUCCGAAGAGCAGCAUGAAGUCUGACCUUUGGGUGCAAAUCCUCAAGGCAGACAAUCGCAAGAGGUACUGGUUCGUGAGGCGGAAGGUGCAGUACUUUCUCUUCAAGCUGCAAGAUGCCAAGCGGUUGAAGAAGAAGAUCAACUUGGCCACAGGAGCAGCAAAUUAUCGAGACCCAAAAGAAGCAGACGCGGCUUGGGGUAUGUCGGCUCUCUUCGCACACUUCCACUCAGAGUUUCAGAGGGUGCUGACCUCUAUGCAGCUGCAGCAGCUCGAAACCAAGUUUGCACGAGGCUACCUGGACGUCGAGCUCUUCGAAAAGUUCCGUGUCAUGAACCCACAGCUGAAGGUGGAGAACUUCAGAUUUCUGGCAGAUGUCGGUGCGAAGGUCGCUUCCGGAGUCCCCGAUUCCCAGAUCUCAGAGUCCGACGCUGACCUCGAUGUGCAGAAGGCAGAGCUUGCAAAAGCGAUGGCCAAAGUCGCCAAGGAGGUGGCCGGGUGGUCCAGCUACCAGGAGAAGAAAUCCGACUUCGCUCGGAGUGCGAAAGGUCUCGCAGCAGAAGCCCAGGACGAGCAAAAGGCUCUCCAGAAGCAGGCCGUGGAGAAGUGGCAGGAAAACCGGUAUCCGGUUCGGGACUUGCAGGAGGCCUCCCACGCAAUCACAUUUGCUGAAACCUGUGUUCGCAAGUUCCAGGAUGAGCAGAGCAUUCCUGAUUGCAACAUGUUCAAGGUCUUUUGGAUGAACCCAAGUGUGCUUGGCUACGACUCCUACAGCGGUAUGCAAGCUGCUGUCGCAACCUACGCUCCGCUGGUCGCGGAAGAUCCGGCCAAGACUGUGAUGAUCAUCGCGGAAUAUGUCGAGGCCAAUGUCGGGGAGGCCACACAGAAGAUCUCCGAGUGUGUGUCCCAGCCGGAGAACCGACUUCUCGUUCGCGAGGUCCUGAUGUGCUUCGACCAGAACAGCAUCCCGGCGCAAUCCAAAAGGCCGGGCUUCCACAAGUUCUUUAUUGCCCUCUCUGACCAGUGCGACAAGGAGGGCCGCUUGAUCUCGGAGUUUUCAAAGUCGGCGCUUUGGAAACGGCAGAUGCUUCCGGUGACUGUGAAGAACUCCGUGACACCGAUUCCCAUGUUGGCCCAGAAAGACAUGGUUGACCCACGCCGAGGUUUCAGCCAAGCUGGUGUUGUUGCAGACCUUGCCAGCAAGCCGUCUCGACGCAAGCAGUGGAUUGCAGGAUUCAACAUUCCGGGAGCGUUCCACGAUGCUCUGUGGCAGGGUCUCACACUUCAACAGCCAUCAGGUGUUUCUUGGGUGGAUGUGUUCGCCUACGACCACUCUGUGGCCGAAGCAUUGAUGAGACGUGCUGCAAGUCCAGCUGUUCCCGCCCCACAAGGAAUCUAUGUUGGUGUCGUGUGGGCUGACACGAACAGUCGAGACGACAAACACACAGAGAAGGGGGCUGCGAUUGAUUCGAGAAAAGAGAACGCAAAGAUCUCACGCUGGCUACAGUCGUCCAUCCGCCGAAAGUUGCAGUACCUCGCACAGGAGAAGGUCAUCUCAAUUCCGGACUGGAAGCCACUCGUGUCUUUCAAGGACAUGCGGGAAGUACCCGCCGUUCAGGAGAAGGAUUUUGUGGCCACCUUCCCGGGAGCAGCGGACACCAUCCCUGUCAAGGCCACCUACCUGGAGGAGAUGGACAAGAAGCUUAACAACCCUGAUCUCCGAGACCAGUGGGACCGCUUCGUCAAGGAUCACAACGAAUGCUACAACAAGAGCGGAAAGCCGCACCAGGGUGAGAAGCGUUCCGCUGACGAGGCGGCCGGCGGGCCACCGCAAAAGAAGGCGAGACUCCUGAGUUCAGAGUCCCUGAACCCAGAGUCCCUGACCGUGGAGCAAGUGAAGGAGAAGGAAGGGCCGGUGGUGGAGAUUGACCAGAAGACCUACAAGAUUUUCUUCACAUCCAAGGGUUCCAUUUGGAUCCAGACCACGUCGUGCGAGGUGGAGCUGGACGACACCAGUCCUCUGGCCCUGACUUUUGGCAAGUUCAAGAUCAAUGAGGAAGCGGAGGCGGCUCUCAAGGACGACAAGGUGGAGAUGAUGGACGUUGGUUUCGGCAGCGACGUGGACAUGUGUGGAGCUCGCAAGCUUUCAGACAACAAGCCGGAAAUCUCGCCGUUGAAGACACUUCGCGCACACUUGCAGUUGAUGGAAGAGAAGAAAAUGGAUGUCACCAGCAUCGAGUUUGCCUGUCACAAAUUGAAGCCCAGGGUUGAGAAGGACUCAGCUGGCGAUGCUCAGGAUCGUGUUUUCGAUGUGAAGAAGUGCGAUCCUUGUGUUUUCAUCCCUCAGCCGACCCCGCGCAAGAUCACGAACAAGAAAGCCCAGCCUGAUUGGGACGACGUGGGCAGCAUUGCCCUCACCUCACCCGACACCAAGGCAGGCUGGAACCUGAAGGAUGGCAGCCAUGUCGAAGGCUUGGUUUCUUUGAAGCAGCGCUGGGUUUUGAUGGACAACGACCAAGGCCUCACUUUCAACCCAGAGAAACCUGGGAUUUAUUUGACAGGGCCUGUCAAGAUUGAGGCCAAGAAGCUGGUCCGUGUAGCCUGA